AUACCCCGAUGUCAGCGGCGAUAGGCACCAUUCGCUCUGCAGAUCGAUCGCCAUGAGGGUUGUAAUUCUCAUCUGCAUGGCCGCCGUGGCCGUCGCCGCCCCAGUACGCUUCGAGACCCCUGCCCCGGCCCCCGAGGGCCCCUCCGACCCCCUCCAGAGCGAAUACAGCUCCACGGUUGAGGUCGUCCCCAUCCUGAAGGACGAACGCAUUCAGGAGGACGACGGGAGGUACAGCGUCGACGUCGAGACCGGCAACGGGAUCAAGCUGUCCGAAUCUGGCUCUCCUGACGGUCCCGACGGCGCGGUCAUCAAGGCGGGGCAGUACGAAUACACCGCUCCUGAUGGUACUCUCGUCCAGUUGAAAUUCGUGGCCAACGAGAACGGCUUCCAGCCCCAGUCCGACCUCCUGCCCGUGGCUCCCGAGUUCCCCCACCCGAUCCCUCAGUUCGUCCUCGACCAGAUUGAAUUCGCUGCUCAGGAGGCCGCCGCUGCUGCCGCUGCUGAAGGGGCUGAAGGGGCUGAAUCCGGGAUCGUCGAGACUGCUGUCACGCCCUCGCAGUUCUACAUUUCACCCUAAGCGAGAGAAUCAGGGAUGCUGAAAUAGGAAUUAACGAUAUCACGUGGCACCCCUGUGUAUUUAUUUAUCAAGAGCUACUGUAUUUUCGAACUGUAUUUGUGUUUAUUUGUAGGCUGUAGAAAAUAUAAUUAAAGAAGUCGAUGAAGUUUCAA